UUCGAAACGAGUAUAUGAUGAUAUUCCCCCUCCCAAUCCACUUCAACAUCGACGCCAUGCCUCCAGAUCAGGAGAAACCCUCUCGAACGCACGAACUUAAUCUCGGCGCACGAUCGCAACCACAUCCGCCUCCAGCACAACCGCCUGACGAAUGAUUCAGCUGUGUGCUGGGGCGUCCUAAACCAAACCUUUGAGCGAGCCAUGCCAAUCCCUAGUGGAGCCUGCCAGACUUGCAAAACACGAAGAGUCAAAUGCGACCAGACCAAACCGAUUUGUAAGCGCUGCGUCAAGUCUCACCGAGAAUGCAUCCCAGUCGAGGCCGUCAAACAAGCCUCGUUUCUGAUCCACGUCGAGAACCAAUAUGCCAGUGGGGAGACUAAACGUCCUCGGGGUCCAAGGUCGGCUCUGAAUUUGAUGGUGACGACGGCUGCGACAGGAGCCAAUGUCCAUCCGCCUCCUUUGCAACAGAAUGAGGGCCCUCGCCCAGUCCCCUGGCAGCAAGAAGGUCUCGAUAAGGCCCCGCCUUCUUCGCGGCAGGCAGAAGGUCGUGGUCUCCUGCCCCCUGUUCCUGCGCUGCAGAUGGACUCGGAUCUGGAGAGCAAAGCAAUGACGUACUUCGUAGCCCACCACCUCGAACUCAACUCCCAGCAGCCAGAGACCAUAUCCUGCGUAGCAAGCUGUCUCUACGCUUGGAACCAAUCCGGCCGGACAUGCACAAUGGUCAACCUCGCACUCUCCAGCCUCGCAUUAGCAGUGUACUUCAGAACCACACACCUGCCCGCUGCUGCUGUCCAGGCGUCCACUCUAUACGACCAAUUACUUCCUAUCGCUCGACGGCUCCUCACUAAAGUCCAAGAUGUCCACCAACCGAGUCUGGACCAGACAUACAUCGAAGGCUGCCUUCUGACAGUCAUGCUAAUGGGCCAAUACGAUUCUACGAUCUUUUGCCCGAGGAGGGAAGGACUCCCACCACGUGCAGCAUUCGUGUCGAUGACGAGCUGGUGGCACCACGACGGCGCGAUUGCGAUUCUUAAAGUCUGGUACGAUGUUUUGAGCUCCACCAACACUGCAAGCUGUAUCAUCACGCACGCGCGCCGGGGCUUUAUUCGGUCCGCACUGCUCAGAGCGAUACCAUUGCCAGAGUGGAUGUCUGACGGGGUACCGUUCGGCGAAGAAGAGUUGGAUCUUGACUAUGAUCGAAUCAUCGUGCGAAUAGUCGCUCUCAGGCACAAGCUAAGUGAGAUGCAAACCCGGGCUUGCAAGGGCGACGGCCCUGGACCCAUGGCAAUUGAGAUGUUGAACAGCCAGGCUCGAGACCUCGAUGCAGCGCUGAAAGACUGGGCGAUCAAGAUUCCUGUCAGUCACUCAUUGACACGACAUAUCUUGGCCGGUUCGAACAGUAGGGGCUGGCCACAGCAACACUUCUAUUCGUCCAUGGUAUACGCGUACGCUCGUCCAGCAUACGCCGCGCUCUGGGCGCAGUACUAUUCCGCCAGAAUGCUGGUUAACAGCAUGCGUCUGCGCAUCCUCAAACUACUGGUCGUUCCGUCCUGUCCGCUCGUUAGUCCGGCAUAUGAGGAACAACGCAGUGAUGUUGCGAUGGCUUUGCAAGCGAUGGCCGAUAGUCUAGCGUGCGCACUGCCUUCGGUCGCGGGACAUUUCGCGCCCGUUGAGCCUACGUCUGUGUCCCAGUAUGACUUUGGGUCUAGCAGGUCGCAAUCGCUGUCAUGUUCGGUGUCAGGGUUGCUGUCGAGGUCGGUCCCGGUGUCAACUUCAGGACAUUCAUCAGUGGUACCAACAGACACCAGCGACGGACCAGAGAUCAAGCCGCAUCAGGCUAGGACAGCGGUGUGGCCUUUGAUGAUUGCAUGUAGUGUCGAGGGGAUCGACCAGAAACAGCAAGAGUGGUUUCGCGCGGAGCUGGCGUAUAUUGGCAGGGUGGCUGGGGACGGUGUGCUUCAGUGUGCUGAUUCUGAUCAGUGGAUGGGGAUGUGAUGCACGUAUGAUAACGUCUGCCAUAAUCACAUAUGGCGCAGAUACAGAGAUUGGCUUAUUGCGACACGGCAUCUGUACUGGAGGGCACGGAAAGCAUAUUUUGCGAACAACAGCAAGAGUCUCGGUUGAUAUCUCAUACAUAUAACACUACAGUUGACACCCACUUCACUAUUCGUACGGCGGCUUGAAUAUCAACCAAUCCGACUCUGGAUUCGGGAUGGCGAAUGCCGGAGUGGCUCGGAACGGCUGCUGUUGU